GUCACCGUCAUCGCCAUCGAUACCGUCAAUCGGCACAGGCAACCAUCGACGACGCUGCCGCCGACACCGCUGCCAUCAUCACCGCCGUCGCCGUCGGUACCAUCGCCACCCAUGUCCUCUCUGCUGGCCGCGGCCACGCCGGCCGCGUCGGUCCAGCGUUUGGCUGCCCGGGUGACCUGCAUCUCCCGGUGUCUGUCGAGAUCGCCCUGCGGCUGUCCUUCGGCAUCGGCGUCAACGCUGUCGACUCUGUCCUUCAAUCCACUGCAAGCCCGAGCCGGCCGGCGGACCACCAACCUCCUCUUGCAUCCGCCAUCUGGUCCGCGGUUAUCCCCCGGCCUUCCGCUGCAGAGCUCCGUCGCCCGCUUCAGCUCCUCCAGCCGGCUGCUUCUGACCUACUACCGAUAUAGCCGCGAGAGGAAGCGGAGGCGCCGGACGGCCGAGAGCGAGCACCAUGCCAUCGCCAUCCUGAAUGCGCUCGAGGACAUGCUCGGCAAAAACGCAAGCUCCUUGGACUCGAGUCUAACGCCGUUGCUCCUGCGCCUGCGCGACUUUGACGCUCUCCAGCAGUCAAGGUAUUCCGAUCUCGACUGGUUCGAGCUGGCGAUCGGACUGGCAGCUCAGCGACAUCCCCAGCUCCUCUCGCCCUUGGAUCUGUCGCUGCUUGCGUCGCUCUGCGCCCGGAAAUCUGCGGCCACCCCGCAGCUGCUCGAUGACCACUCCAGCCUGCUCUACUCGAUCGCAGCCGAAUUCAUCCGCAGAGCCGAUGCAUUCGAUCCGCCUGCCCUCGCCGACAUUCUCCAUGCCUUCACGCUCAUGCAGCUCGAUCCGCAGUCGCCCUUCUUUGAGCACUGGCACGAGGCCUUCCGCGCCCGGAACUUGGACGAAUUUGACCACGCAUCGUUGGCACGCAUCGCCUGGUCGCUGGCCCGCCUCGGCGUCCGGGACGACCGCUUCUUUGAGUACCUCACCAAGCUUAUGUCGACGGACUAUUACGGCUUCAGCGCCCAGGACCUCGCCAACCUGGUAUGGGCGCUCGCCGUCCAGGAACUCGCCCCGCCCAACCUCGAUGCCAUCACAGGCGUUCUGCUCUCUUCCGACGGGUUCCUGCCGCCCGGGACCCCGACCGAGGCUCUCGAGAGCCUCGACAGCCACGAGCUCGUCAACCUUCUCUGGUCGUAUGCCCGUCUUGGCCGUCCCUCCCAUCGGCUGUUUUCCCACGCGGCUCCGCUCAUCACCUCCGACAGCGUCAAGAGGCUUUCCCACGUCGAGCUGACCAACCUCAUCUGGGCGUACUCUGUUGCCGGCGUGCGUUCCAGAACGGUCUCGACGAACGUCUCGUACGCCGCCUCCAAGUUGAUUCAUCUAUUUGAUCCGCAGAGUCUCUCGACCUUCCUUUCUGCCUUUGUGACCCUUCGGCUCGUUCCGCGCAAGUUUUUCCUGGCUGUGCCCAGACACAUCCUGAUGAAGAUCGACAUCUUCCCACCCGCCGAGAUCUCGCGAAUCCUCUCGGCAUACGCGACCUCGGGCAUUCACAUCGCGAGCCUGUUUCGCAGCGCAUGUGUCGAGUUCUCCCCUCGUGUCAGCGAGUUUGGCCUUUCGGAGCUGUGUCGGUGCAUGACCGCCUUUCAGAUCAGCUCCACACGCAUACGCUUUCGGUUCUUGAAGCGGGCUGUCCGGCAUCUGCAGCCCCAGCUGCAACAUCUCGACAACGAGACCUUGUGCACGAUCAUGACAAGUUUGGGCCGGCCUGGAUAUGACGUCGGGCCAGACUUUCACGCCGAACUCGCUCGGGUGAUCCUUGCCCGCGCCGCUGAUGCCAAGCCCGAUGUGCUCUGUGCCAUCGCCAGGUAUUUCUCCAGCCCGGAUAUCGUCGAGCCUGCGGGGCUGUUUGACAAGAUCGGACAGGCCGCCAUGGCCAGGCUGCGUCAGCUGCAAGGACAGCAGCUCUGUUGCCUUCUUGGGUCGUUCGCCGAACUAGGCUAUCGCCCCGAGUUUGAGCCGCUUUAUCAGGCCGGGCUCGAGCGACUGUCGGAACUGUGGGACACUCUCGAUCCAUCGUCCCAGCAGGCGUUUAUCAAGAUGUCGAGGACUCUGUAUCCACGGCCCCACCAGGAGUCCCUCCUGCCGCCAAAGACCAGCCUCGAGUCUGCGUCUGAUCUUUGGCCGCCCUCAGACUCAGCCUCAAAAGGACCAGAACUGACUACUGAGCCGGAAGUGGUCCCGGCAGAACCGAUCCCAGCUUCAGUAUCGACACCGAUUCGAACCGUGGGUGUGACCGCCACCUCCAGCGCAACACCGAUCGCUUGCCCGGAUGCGGCAAUCGAUACUCGCCCAGAGCCCAAGUCAUCGAGUCCUUCGAGCGCUCGAGCGGUUGCUGAGUCUGUCACAACCAUAUCGUCAAGCACCACUCUGUCGCAACCGCUCGCAUCUCAGUCCCGGCCCAGACCGUCUGCAACGCGUCAGCCCUCAUCUGUCUCAUCGUCUUCGUCAGCAUCGUCACCACCGCCGUCGUCGUCACAGCCGUUUGACGCUCUGGCGCUGUCCAUACCCACGGAUUGAUCCAGCGCCAUCUGUCGUGAGCUUGCGCUUUCUUGUCGGCGGCUCAUGAUCCUCCCCCAUCGACUUUGGUCCUGCGCACUGCCUCCCCUCCUCCCCAGCAUCCAUCUAUUUAUCGCGCUCUACUGUCUCAUCUCUGUCUAUACCUCGUUGGAGUAAUAUAUCAAGAGAACAUGAAGCGGCCAA